UUUGUGUGAUUGCUAAUUUGUUUAUUUCUAUUUAAAUUACUGAGUGUUUACUUGAAUUUAUAUUAGUUAAGCUAGUUGUUUUUGCUAUGGUAUUUUUAAACCACAGGCAAAAGUGUUCUUUAGCCUGUUGAUUUUUGUUCAUGGUAUUCACUUUGAAUGAAAUGUUUUGCAAUAAGACUUAGAAUAAAUGUGAAUGAUAUUCAAGUUUUUUUUAAACCUUACUAGAACCGAAAAUAGGAAUGAUAAGAACCGGAAUCAAUAAGCAGCCAACCCUAUUCCUCAGACAGUAAUACUAACCAGUCUAAGCUGGUUUUAUGGUCUCACAGCAGGUUUUCAGCUAGUUUGUCUGGGCUGCAGGCUAAUUUUCUGUAGGCUACUAACUGCUGAAAAGUGUCCAAAUCUCUUUAAAACCAGUCAGAAGACCAGACUGGAUGACCAUCUAAAACCAGCUAACCAGCUUCGACUGGUUUAAAAUGAACUACUUAACCUUGUGCUGCUUCCUGUAAUCACACACUUUUUUUUACUAUAAUAGUGUAACAAUGUGUUAUUGAACACUGCUCUGAUGUGACAUUAUAAAUAGGCCAAAUAAUAAAUAUAGCAAAUUUUGGCAGACUUGCUAAAUUACAGCGGUAGAAUCAUGCUUUAGUGUAGUGACACCUCCACCGCAUCGCGUGAGCAUCAUGCAAGUUUGUAGAAAGGGGCGGUACCGAUGCUACACACUGCAAACAAGAACGAGCGGAGAACCGGAGGAUGGAGGAGCAGACGAACCGCAGCUGCACACGGAAGAAGACAUGAUGUUUUAGCAGCAGUGCGGGCUCGGUGAGGCUGAACUUGUCGUUUUGACCACUUUUGGUCUUCAAAUAGAAAGAUGGCGCCGUCGGGCUCGCGCAGAGAUGAUUGCAGGAGAGUUUUAUGCUGGGUUCCUGUGCUGUUCAUCAGUCUGAUCGCGGCAUGGUCCUACUACGCUUAUGUAGUGCAGCUCUGCAUAGAAACUAUUGAAAACAUGGGAGAGAAAAUAGUUUACCUCUUGAUAUAUCAUAUUCUUUUCAUCAUGUUCGUGUGGUCAUACUGGCAAACUAUCUUCACAAAACCCAUGAACCCACUCAAAGAGUUCCACCUGUCACAUCCUGACAAAGAACUAUUAGAGCGUGAAGAUCGGAGAGAAUCUCAACAGGAGAUCUUGAGGAGAAUUGCUAAGGAUUUGCCCAUUUACACACGCACAAUGUCAGGAGCUAUCCGCUACUGUGAACGCUGUCUGCUGCUGAAGCCUGAUCGAUGUCAUCAUUGCUCUGCCUGUGAUAUGUGCAUUUUAAAGAUGGAUCACCAUUGUCCGUGGGUAAACAAUUGCGUGGGCUUCGCCAACUACAAGUUUUUCAUGCUCUUCCUAGCAUAUUCUUUGUUGUAUUGCCUCUUCGUCACUGCCACAGACUUGCUGUAUUUCAUUGAGUUCUGGAAUGUUGACGGUAAAACACACGAGCGUCUAAUCCAAUAUUUGAAUGGUCUGCCUGAUACCCAAGCCAAGUUUCACAUCAUGUUCAUGUUUUUCGCUGCCUCCACGUUCUCAGUGAGCCUAGCGUUUUUGUUUGCUUAUCACUGCUGGCUUGUCUGCAAGAACAGAUCCACAUUGGAGGCUUUCAGAGCUCCUGAGUUCCAGCAUGGAGCAGACAAGAACGGAUUUAGUUUAGGAACAAGCAAGAACUUUCGCCAAGUGUUUGGAGAUGAAAAGAAAUACUGGCUACUGCCUGUUUUUUCAAGUCUGGGCGACGGCUGUUCAUUCCCCACAUGUCUAGUGAACCCAGACCCCGAACAACCCUCCUUGUCCCCUGGACGCAACCCUUCCAUCAAAAGUGCUGGAGAAUCCAAUCAGUUUCCACCUAAACCUCUGAGAGAGUCUCAGAGCCGACUGCUGAAUAACGGACAGUCAGAGGGAAGUGAAGACAAAGACAAGCGAGGUACAAGCAACCCAGCCUUGACUAUUGAGAAGGAAACUUAGGAACAUGUUAAUGAAACAGGAGUUUUGUACUAGUGAUGUUUGUUGUCAGUGGAACAGUGAGGAUGUCUCUGCUGCACAGACUUGCACUGCCCUUCCACUCUCUACCUAAUGAAUUGUGAUCCUUCACAAGCGCUAACAGUGCAGGAUUUAUGGAGUGUACAUUCAUAAAGGGCCACAGUUUCUUCUCUUCUUUGGAAACUGUAUGGCUGAGAUAUCUUCACGUGCCUAAAGCUACCCACAGAUGUGGCUGAACAUGAUAACAUAACCGUGGUUCCUGGACCCACGUUUUAAAAAAUGUUUAAGUUUGUACGGAAAAUGCCUUGAAUAUAGCUUGUGUGGUGUAAGCAUUGCUAAAGAAGGUGACAUAUUUUGUUAGCCUGGGAAACGUGAAGUAUUUAUGCAUGCUGCGUGAUGGUGGUACAUAGUUGUUCGUCAUUGUUGAAAUGUGAAAACUGAAAGCCCACUACAUUACAAUAUUUUUAACCCCGUUUUUGAUCCUGCAUUGUUAAUUUUUUUUUGUUCAUUAACAUACAGAUGCAUCUGCAAAUCAUGUUUGUGAUCUGUUUUAUUUGACAAAGUGUUUUGUCCAUCACCCUUAAGUCUGCAUCCCAGCUGUCCUGAGUUUUGCAAAGCUCAUACACAUGCAAAAAGACUGAUGUAGCAAAACAUUUUAGGCCAUUUUUAGCACUGCAUAUCCAGACAAAACACUGUUUAUUCAAGUUUUUACCUGACAAGCAGAGGGAAGACAAGAAUACUCUACAUGCACUUUGAACAGCGCUUAAAGCUGCACAUUACUUCAGUUUUUAAAUUGUCUCCGUCUUGAUGGUUCUGUCGAAUCAAGUAUGCAAUUAAGUAUGCGUUAUGAUACUGCAGCUGCAGUUAGCAUUUCACUAUAUGUCAGUAUAUUGAUUAUUUUGUAUCAUACUUUGCAUAACCCUGUUUGCACAAGUAACGCAAAUCUCAAAGAUGUGGUUUUGUAUCGCAUCUGAUUUAUCUAAGGGCUCUUUUAAUGUACUUACUACCAUAUUUCUAUCUAAAUUUGAUUCCACAGUUAUUGCAUGUAAAUGUAUGUGUACUUGAUUUUGACUGAGGUGUAAACAAAACCUCAGAUAUGCCAAGAGCUGUGGUGUGUUGUCUGUUUUGUAGCUUUUAUGGAAAUGUCAUAUAGGAUUUGUUAUUUUGUGAUUAGGCUCACACACCACAUUAAAAAUAAACUGUGAUACAAGAUUUCUACUGGUUCUUGCUUUGUGUAUGUAGACGAGCUGACUGUUGUUGCUGCUUUUGUUCUCUUUGAGAGUAUGUGAAAUUCUGCUGGCUCUAGCGCAAUGUUUUCAUAUAUAGUCAGACUCCGUAUGACAAUGCCAAUGAACGAUAUGCCUUGAUGAAUGUUACUGUAAGAGAAAUAAAGUGAUAUUUUAUUAAGUG